GCCGCGCCGGCCCUGCUGUGCGCGCUUUGGAGACGAGGCUCAGCGGACGCCGGGGGCACCUGCUCUGCGCUGGCAGGACGCUGCGCUCGGGCACAGACGCCGGCGCCCGCGAUGUUCCCGAGCCCGGUGACCACGACGCCUUUCUCGGUCAAGGAUAUCCUGAGUCUGGAGCAACAUCCCAGCGGCUUGGCGCCCAUGGAGCUCUCGGCUCUGGGCUCGCCCUCGUCGUGCAUGCUAGCCACCUUCAAGCAGGAGGCGUAUCCGGCCGACGAAGGCCCGAUCGCGGACAGCCCCGUCGGCCUCGCCAAAAGCAACGGCGCCGCUUUCCCCAGCCCCUUUUACGCGGCCAAAAACUACGUGGAAAUGGACUCGACCAAGGCGCCCAAAGGGGACAACAAGAAAGGUAAAAGCAAGGGCCCGUCGGGGACACGGAGAGGGUCCCUUCUGCGGCGACCGAAGCGCCAUCUCUCUCUUGAGCAGGGCAGGCUGGGAGGGGGGCAAUAUUUGGGGUAGAGGGGGAGACCUCUGGCCGGGCUAGGGUGCUCCGAGGCAGCUGGAGCUGGAAGCGGCUCCUUGGUUCCUGGAUCUCCCGCCGACUCGAGUUAAGCAAAACCACCGACGGCCCAGAGGAAGGAAGGAAGUCUCCGAGGGCCCAGGGAGUGUGCGGUCAGUCCCGCUCCACGUAUGCACAGCCGCCCGGAGUAUUUUCUGAAGGAAACCAGCUGGAUUGUCGCCUUCAUGUCGACAGGCUUGCAGCUUGUCGGCUGGAAACGGCAGUAGCAGUGCGUCGUCUUAUUUACGAACCAUCCCUCUUUGUCAUUUGCUGGAGGAGCGGGAUGGUUCUCCAUCCUCGCGUCUCCUAAAGGAGAGGGAUUCAGGUAGAGUCGGCUGUGCUGACUGCUAGUUGGCGAUCCCUUUGCGGGCAGACGGGGUGUUGUGCUGGAGUCGGACCUUCCCUUGGGCAGGUGACUCCUCUUAGUCUAAGAUGGACAUUUGCUGUACAUUUUCCUGCAGAUGUCUUCCUCCUGAUAAACCAUUUUUUCUUAUUAUUGACGAGGAUGGGGAUAAGCUUUUUACAGAGCGUUUUGUGAUUGUCCAAGGCGUAUGACAACCAUUAUCUUCUUGUGAGGAUCACAAGCCUUUAGUCCACUGCAGAUAAGGAAAGAAAGAAAUUAUCUUGCCUAGGGUCAUGGCAGGGAUGAGCCUGGGCACUUCCUGGUUCUUAGCUCGUAGCCCGGUCAAAUCCACAUCUACUCAAGUAACUGCAGAGGUACUUACACCAAGGCAGAUGUGCAGAAAGUUGCAGUCGAUGUUCUGCAGCUGGACUCCAGCUAAGAGUCCGAACUCUUUUUUUCUCGCGCGCCGAAUUUCGGUAACAAAUGAGCGGGGAGGUAGCACUGAGAAUAGGAUUACUAUCCAUUACAUUAUUGUUGUUGUCAACAAUCAUUUUGUAAAAUUUAAAAUAUGUAUAAGAUGUAUAAAAACUAUAAUUCGUAUUAAACAUGCUCGUAUUUAAAUUUAGUAUUUACAUUUAAAUUGAUAUAGUUCGAAAUUAUUAUUAUUAGCAGCAGCUGUAGUCACACCCGUUGCUCAGCUGUCCCUUUGAUGUAGGCUGAGAGGCCUCAGAACUCCUCAAAAGGCGCAAUCCGCAAACUCACUCUAAGGAAACUUCCUCUAAAAGUGUCUGGCGUUGGUAAGACAAUUUGAGAUUCUUAAAAUAUUCAUUGAUAAAUCGAGGAGCACAAUUCAACACUACGAUCCUUCCCAGAAGGAAUAGACUCCAACCAUCUCAAUUGGAUUUAUUUUCAAACAGAAGUAGUAGUUCUAGUAGUAGUAAUUUAACUUCUGCUCAGGAGUUUGAUAAACACGCACAAGAGUUAAGUUCCAUCGAAUGCACUUUUUCGCUGGUCCUUUAGGAAGUCAUGUUUACAUUAAUUGCAGUAAUAAUUUCUUAGUAAGCCUUCGGAAUAUUAACGUUUCAAAAGUUGUCUUUGGAAGUUUAAUCCCCCCCCCCAUGAGGUUGCCAUCCUAUGCACACUUAAUUGGCCUCAAGUUCCGCUGGACCUCUUGAGGCUCACCGGUUCUAAGUAAGCAUGCACUGGAUUGCUCUGUAAGAUUUCCAAUUCAUUGGGUGGAAAUUGACGGAAAGGAUCAGCUCCCUGUGUGAAUCGCACUUUAAUCAACUCUCUAGUGGAGGAUGUCCCUGCUUUUUUUGCAAUCACGAGUUCAUUUCCAUUUCCUUAGGAAUCUUCCCAGAUAGAACAUCAGACCGAUUGAGCUUUGAUGUGUUCAUACUUUGAGCAGCACAUUUCCUGGGAAUCUCCGGCUCGGAUUUUGGGUUCCUAAACUAGUUAACAUUAGUCCUAAGUAAAUGGCGUAGAAAUAAAUGGCACUGACUUGAAAAUGGCUUGUAUAAAUUGUAGAUAGAUAGAUAGAUAGAUAGAUACUCUAUCUCUCUAUCUACCUCUUUGUGUGUAGGUAAAUGUGUGUGUGUAGUACUGAAGUGCAGAUAAAAUCCACAUUAACUGUUCGAGAAAAGAGCUUGAAUGGGACUCAUCAGUGUCUGUGGUUUCUUCACUCUGGAGGAAAAUGUGACGCUACCUGAGGUCGCUUCUAGAUGGCCUAUUUAUUGAGCAUUCGUCCUGCACAAAGUUUGCGGGGGUGGCUAUGGCUUCUACUUUUUGAUAACCUAUUAUGAUUUGUUUGAGGGGCUGUUAUACAACCUCGUGUGAACAAUUGUUAUCCCACACUUCCAGUACAUUUUCUGGCAAUUUCCUUACCGCAAAAACUCCGAUUAUGUUUUUAUUUUGGGGGGGGGGGGAGUGGUUUGUUGCGCAGCAGUUCCAAAUUUACUUCAGUUGCUUAACCUGAGUUUACCCGUCUGCGGCUGAUUUCCACCCACCCGCAAAUAGAGACAGUGAAUCACAUUCGAAGCACGUUGUUCCCUCAAAGAAUUCUGGACAAUGGAGUUUAAGGGCUGCUGUGAAUUGUAUUCCGUGAGGGGCAAACUACAGUGCCCAGAAUUCUUUGAGGCAACGAAUGUACUUCAAAGGUACAUUGUGCACGCAAUGAGGUAUUGAGGUCUACCCAGCUGGGCGUGAUUUAGCCACAAUUAAGAUUUCCGAAAUCUGAUAAUAUAUAUACGUGCUCAGAAGCAAGCCCUGUUGAUUUCAAUGAAGCUAUUUUCAAUAAAGAUAGUUUAGGAUUCAUCCUUUAAGUCCUAUAGAUUUGUAAUGAGUAAAAAAACCUAUGGACAAAUAAUUAAAUUUAAGUUUUUAACGUGUUCAUUUUAAAUUGGCCAGGUCUUCCGCACGUUUACUUUGAAGCGCCCUACUGAUUUCAGAAGGAGGUUGUCCCAAAUAAAGUGUGCAAAAAAUGAAUAAAAGGUAAAAAUUCAACGUACUGAAACAGUGACCAGAUUUUGCCCAUUAUAUGCAGUUCCACGAUCUUGGGAUCCCGCUGAUUUCAGUGGGACAAUUUUUGGGAGUGCCUAAGUCAUAUGCCUACAUCCAGUCUUUAAAUUUCCAAAAAGAAAUAAUUCCGGUAUCAUUUUAAUCGCUUUGAACUGAAUUUGUACCUUGAAUAUUAAAAUUGAACUAAUUAAGAUGAAGGGCAGUGCUGUAUUUGAAUAAUUUAAAAAUGUAACAACAGGAGCAACCACCUAGUCCGCAGAGUAAGGCCUUCAAAUCUAGAUUUCUUUGGAAGAAACAAAGCGCACCUAAGAAUAUAGCUCUGCUUGGAAAAAAGGCAAACGAAAACAGAGGCUUUGCUCCAUUUCUGCGGAAGCAAAUCAUUGGAGUUCAGCAGUAUUUCCAAGUAAGAUGAGUUGACUUCUGAAUAAACACGAGUGGGGUGACUUGUGAAAUCUGUUUGGGAUCGACUUCUACUCCCGCUGAACUAAAGGGGUGAACUUUUCCGCGGAUACAAUUUAGCCAAUGUUCAGCAAUUUUGUAUCCCAGGGUUUAAUUUUAGCUGGAUUUGAGCCCCCAAAUGUAGGCUUGAUCUGUUGCAUUAAUUUUAAUUGGCCGCAUUCGUUUUAGAAUUCUAUACCGCAACUAUCUAUAGAGAAAGAGAACUGGGACUUUAGCACCCCUGAACAUGGCAAUCGAUGUUGUGGUGUAAAUGGAUGUGUUUAUCGGGCUACAGAAUGGAGACACAGAACGUUAUUUUAACACCCAGAGCCUUUGGGGAGAAGGGUUGGUUCAAUGAGAUUUACUCCCUAGUUUAUAUAGGGCUGCAGUUUUAGGGCGCAAUGCUUUGAAUGUUUUUUUGGGUGGUGGAAUAAAUUGCACUGAGCGCUGCUGAACUUACUAAUGAGUAAGCAUCCAGAGGAUUCAGUCAUUUGCUUCGAAAGCUUGGGGGCGGGGACGGGACUCAGGUGGGCAGUAGCGUCAGUGAAAAGCGUUUUGAGACCUUAGCUUUGGAGGGUGGAAUCCAUUUUAGAAAUGGUAUUGGAAGCAAAUCCUAUUGAUUUCUAUGGAGCGCAGUAUUUAGCCUGACCUCCCAAACACAGAUCACAAUCCAACUCAGAGGGCCGAUUCUCUGUGCUGGAGGCUGGUAGCCAGUACUUUUCCCCACCCCAGAGGCACCGUCGUAAAAUGGUUAGAGCGCAGGGCUAAUUUAGAAGAGGGCUCCACUGGGAUCCCCACUUGGUCCUGCUCACUUGCGUCAGUCUCGCCUGCUUCACGGCAUAGCUGUCAACGUUUCCCUUUUUUAAAGGGAAAUUCCCAUAUUCCGAAUAGGAUUCCGCGCAAGAAAAGGGAAAAGUUGACAGCUAUGCUUCACGGGGUUUUUGCUUGGGAGGUCAAAAUGGGUGGAAGAUCAAUGUGGAGGCUGCCCUGAGCUCUUUGGAGAAUGCAAAGGAAGGACCUAUACAGGCAAUCAAAUGAAUGAGGCUUAAUGUAAGAGAUCAAUAUAAAGGGAUCGGAGCUUCCGGUUGAAAUCCUCAGUCCAACCAAAAUAAUAGAAUCAUAGAAUUCUAAAGUUGAGAAAGGACCCCGAGGGUCAUCUGGCUCAAUUCCCUGCUAUGCAGGAAUCUCAACCAAAUCCAGAGGACUAGUGACUUGGAAAUGUCGAAUACUGUAUAUGACAAGCAAGCGCCAGGCUCUGACUGCCCCUCUGGGCUUCUUUCUCCUUGAUUCUCCGCAGAGCUGUGCGCCCUCCAGAAAUCCCUGGAGCAGGAGAAGCGGGACGCCGAGGAUCCGGAGCGACCCCGGCAGAGGAAGCGGCGGAAACCCCGCGUGCUUUUCUCGCAGGCGCAAGUCUACGAGCUGGAGCGGCGCUUCAAGCAGCAGAAAUACCUCUCUGCUCCGGAGAGAGACCACUUGGCCAACGUGCUGAAGCUCACCUCCACGCAGGUCAAGAUCUGGUUCCAGAACCGGCGGUACAAAUGCAAACGGCAGAGGCAGGACCAGAGCUUGGAGAUGGUGGGCAUCCCUCCUCCGCGGAGGAUCGCCGUGCCAGUCCUGGUCCGGGACGGCAAGCCUUGCCUGGGGGACUCGUCGCCCUACAGCUCCCCCUACAACGUCAGCCUCAACCCCUACAGCUACAACUCCUACCCGGCCUACAGCAACUACAGCGGCGCCGCCUGCAGCGCCAGCUACAGCUGCAGCUACCCGGGCGUGCAAGGCGUGCAGCCCGCGGCGCCCGGCGGCAACUUCAUGAACUUCAGCGUGGGGGACUUGAACCCAGUGCAGACGCCCAUCCCGCAAGGGAACAGCGCCCUCUCCACGUUGCACGGCAUCCGGGCCUGGUAGGCCUCCCAAGGCUCCCUCCCUCCUUGCGGCGGGGGCUGAGUGCUUGGGGGGGAAGACUUUUCCUGGACGGACUCCAAAGCGGGCAUUAAAAGCGGCCGGGCUGGACCUCCUGCUGGAGAGAGGCGGUCUGUCAACAGGGAUCACUCUGGGCUCAAGGAUCCGGGGGCGCGAGGGAGCGCAUCCCCCCACCGCACCGCCCAGGUUUGGGGUUCUUUCGGGGUGGGCGCACAGAGGCUCCCAAGGCGCCUCCCAGCACUCGCUCAUUCGCCCAAGGGAAGAUCUUGUCUACAUUGCUGGACACAUUUUCUGCCCCGCCAGCCAACUUCUGCUCUAGGCCAGGAUUGCGCGCGCUGCGCUGGGCUUUUUUAUGGUUCAAACUACAGGGAGCAGCUUGCUCUGCAGAUCGCAACCUUACAGCCAAGUUAAGAGACGGGCGCGAAUCCACUGGGCUCUCUUUUUGGAUCCAACUAGAACAUGACUUUCCAAGGGGGGUUGGCGUUUUCAGGGGGGCGGGUCUUGUUUACUAACAGAUAUACUCCCACUCGCGCUCUCUUAUCUGUUUCCUUUUAUUCUCAACACGUCCAGAAUCCUUUUCCUAUACAGUAUUUAAAAGCUCGAUGUCAGGAUCUUCAAGGGUUGCUCAAGUUGGCUGCGAGCUCAGGUUUUGAAACAAGAUUUCUCUUGCUAGGUUGUUCCGGUAUAGCUGGGGCUAUGUUGUUUUGUUUUUAACUUGGACACGUCCGGCCUUUCCUUCUCCAGGACCUUGCGUGGGAAUAUGUGUGUGUGUGCGUGCGCGUGUUGGGCAAGGGGGCGGAGUGGAGUAAAGACUUCCGCACUAUAGCCGAGGCCCCACCAGAAUGAAGGAAGUCAGACGCUGUUUUCGUUCCAGAUCCCCAUUUAGUUGUUAUGCACUAAAACAAGUGAUUGAUUUUGAUAGUAUUAAAUGCACUGUCUGUUCUUUGUCCAGCCGCUUGGUUUGAUGUACGUGGUCUCCCCCAUCCCCCCCUUUUUUUGCUGUACAGCCCGAUACAACUGAGUGUCUUGUCAUUAAAGAGAGUGGCUUGAGUUUGUGGGUCGUAUUUGCUUUCUUUCCUGCAACCGAGAAUUUUAUGGCUUCCCUUUAAUAGGGGUCGCGCGGGGCUAGCGAUUCUCUCUUGCCUGAUCCCACGGUCAAAACGAAGCACUUCCUUUUAAAUCUAAAAGGAGUCCGUGCCACUGAGCGGCGGGCGCAACCGAGCCAAAACCAGGCACUUUGAAAAUUGGGAGAGAUUCACAGGGCAAUUCGAUGCAUGCUCCUACAUGUAUACACACAAUAGAAAUAUCAUCGAAUUCAAUGGUACUUACUCCUAGGGAAUUGUGUCGAGGGUUGCAACUUCAAGCUUGUUUGUUUUCUACGUGUAAUUUGCCUAUCUAUUUAU